AUGGCAGAAUUUCUUAUCAUAAACGGUGCAUAUAUCAAUGCAAAAGAUAAAGACGGUAAAACGGCUCUUCAUUAUGCGUUAGGCAAAGAUAAUUGCAAAGAAAUCACCGAGUUUUUGGUUUUACAUGGCGCUGAUAUCAACAUUAGAGAUAAAGAUGGACAAACCGCUCUUUAUCAUGCAGCAAAAAAUAAGAAUGCCAUAGAAAUGUUGGAAUUUCUUAUUUCACAUGGUGCUGAUAUCAACAUUAAAGAUUACUGCGAAAGAACAAUUUUAAAUCAUGCAACAGACAAUAAAGAAGUAAUGGAAUUACUCAUUUUACAUGGUCUUGAUAUCAAUGCAAGAGAUAAAUUUGGAAAAACUGAACUUCAUUACGCAGUAUACUAUAAUGACAAAGAAUUAAUAGAAUUUCUAAUUUCGUAUAAUGCAGAUGUCAACAUUAAAGAUAACGAUGGAAUGGCAGUUAUUCAUUAUGCAAAAACGAAAGAAUUAAUAGAAUAUCUUUAUUUUACAUGGUGCGAAUAUCGAGGCUGUUGA